GCCAGAUUCGUGCAGAGGCUCAUAGAUAACACCUCGAGUAUCUACACACGGUAAAAAAUGUACACUCUGAUGUAAACUGAUUGGCACUUGAAUUCGCACUACUGUCUAAUCAGUUUGUUAUCAAUCAAAUAUCAUUCGAAAAUGAACAUUCAAUGCCUCUUCAAUUUAAAUGGAAAUUCACUUCAAUUCGUAGUUGACAAUGUUUUGAUUUCAAAACUAGAAUUAAAAAAAAAAGUGUUCAUCACACCCAAGAUUCGAUACCAGGAUCUUGAGAUUCACGAUCAUCUGUUUUCACACUACACUACUUCACAUCUGUUAGAGAGGUGCGUAUCGAAGCGAAACACUUUCUACCACCUGUCAUCUAUAUUUACUUUCAUGUCCAAAACAGUCAUUAUCAAACCAAUAGCUUUUCACUUUGGAUCGUACUGCUUUAUACAGUAGUGCAAAUCGAAGUGAUUUUCAGUUAAUUUCUCCGGUGGGUUUGUUUUGAUUCUGAAAUCAACACUGACAGCAUUGUGAUUUCAAAGGAAAAACAUUGCUGAUCAUGUUGAUUGGGAUGUUGAAUAGUUAAUGGAAUUUUCCCUUACAUCGAGCGUGCAGAUUUUUUACCGUGCAGGGAUUCCUACAGAAGUUCCCUUCAGGGGUAUCUCCAAAGUUUCUUUAGGGGUUUCCAAAAAAGUUUCUCCCGAGAUAUUCCUCCAAAAUAUAAGUAAGUUAUUCUUCUUAAAUUUUUAUGGGAUUCUUCUAGGCUCCCCUGCAGAGAUUCCUCUAAAAGUUUCUUCAGGGAAUAGGCCAGGAGUUUUAUCAGAAGUCCCUCCAGGGAUUAUACUGAAACUGUCCUUAGGGAUCAGGCAUGAGAAUGAGACUUUUUUUCUGUUUACCGUUCAACGAUACUGGCAGUGAAAUAAAAACAAAACAACGGCAGCACCAAUACCAUCAGACGCCGCGCCGACGGCAGUCAAGCAGACGCUUGAUGGUUUUCGCUUCCCCACGAAAAUGUUUAUGAGCAGUCAUGCUGAGGCGGGUGAUUGCGAAAAAUGUCAAAUAUUUUCAACUGCUAAUAACUCACUUGUUUUAAUAAAUAAUUUAAAUCUAUUUGCACAAAUAGCUAGAGCAUACUCCUAGCUUUGUGAUGCAUGUUAAGAAGUUUGUCUAGAAGCGGCUUGAAACGCAGAAAAAUGCGAAAAUGGGAGAGACAGAAAUUUUUGUCGGCGUUGUGCUCGAGUACUGGCGCUCUCGCGCUUGAAAACCGUUUCGAGGAAGAAGGCUGCAGGAAAAAAAAUGUUAUGACAUUUAUUUUUCGAACAGUUUGAGUUUGGCUGGGUCUGUGAUGUUCGUGUGGAAAAAUGUCAAAUGUACAGUCGGUAACUGUUUUUUCCAGUACAUUUCUCAUCCCUGCUCGGGAACGCUCCUCGAAAUGCUGUUCAUUCUCUUAUCCGGUUCGAUACGCGAGCGCAAUCAAGAGAGAAGAUGCUUGAUGACGCUAAUGAAAGCGAUGCAUUCGGUAAGAAUAUUUUACAGUCAUAAUACUUUUUUAAUGUGACUACACAAUACCUGCAACGUCAUGAAUACAGUUAAAUUAAAUAGUAGUUCACAUUUGUAAACCGAAAACGCAUUAAAUACUGAUAAAAACAACGAUUAUUCACGGUUGUCCCAAGCCAAUAAUGAGAGAUCAUCGGUAAGUGUUACACUUGGCGAUGCCCGCUCAUCGCCGCAGCUUGUUUAUAUCGGAGUAUCUUCUUUGUGUUCCUUCGUGAACCAUGCGACUCGACGAGAGAACAUACACCGCUUGGUAAUUGAAACAGAACCAACAGAAGGGAAGAAAAACUGCCGAGUGGUUCACUGAUCACUUUUUCGUCCAAACACUGAGUUAUUCUAUCAGUUAAUAUAGUAAACUUUAUUGGAAUUUCUUUACGGAUUCCUUUAUGAGCUCCUUCAGAGAUCUUUCAGGAAUUCCUUCAAAAAUACAUGCACACAGCAAAAAAAUAUGAAAUUUAAACAGCACGUAAAUUGAAGAUCAACUGAAAUUUGCGGCAGAAAAAUGUAAAUCACCAACAUUUAACGUCAGCCGAGCAGCCCGCUGCUGGUCAGCCGGCUUGUUUACAGAUUUUAAAGCAUAUUCGCUUUAAAUUUACAUGCAUCUGCUAUAAAUCAUGCCAGCCACUCUCCGUCAUCAAUUAAACGAACGGCUGCUCGCAGCUGUGGCGGUUUCCCCGUUGUCUCUCUCAGUACUCUCUACAGCAGCCGGAGCAUGUCGGGAAUGUGUGCAUUAUGGUAGAAGCAGUUUCACUUUGACUGUCUACUAUUCAGCAAGCUAAGAUAGCCGAGAGAGCUCAGGCGUGCUGCUCACACCCCAAGGAUCUGAGUUCAAUUCUCGCUCGGACCUCAAUUUUUCUUUAUUGUUUCUAACAGAUAUCUGCCCUGUAAAUUUAAGACCGCACAAAAAUUUCCAUUAUAUAUGACGGGGUUUUUUUGUUACAUUCGAUCCGUCAUAAUUUUACAGGUUUUUUUCGAACUGUGCAUGUUCAAAAAAUCCUCCAUGAUUCCUCCGCGAUUUUUUUUCAGGGUAUUCUCCAGGAGUCCUGUCAAAGAAUCCCCCAAUAAGUUCCUUCAGGGAAUCUUCUAUGAGUUCCUUUAGCGAAUUCUCCAGGAAUUCUUUCAUGGAAUCCUCCAGAAGUUACAUCAAGAAAUCCUUUAGGAGGUCCUUCAACGAAUCCUCCAGGAGUUCUUCUUGAGAAUCUUCCCGAAGUUCUUUAAGGGAAUCCUCCAGGAGUUGCUUUAGGGAAACCUACAGGAGGUCCUUCAGGCUAUCUUCCAGGAGUUCUUUCAAAGAAUCCUCUAGGAGUUCCUUCAGGGUAUAUUUCAGGUGUAUCUUUAGAGAAUGCUCCAGGAUUUUCUUCAGGGAUUACUCCAGAAGUUCCAUCAGGUAAUCCUCCAGGAGUUCCAUCAGGGAAUCUUCUAGAAGUUCCUUCAGGGAAUUCUCUAGGAGUUCCUUCAGGGAAUUCUCCAGAAGCUUUAGGAGGUCCUUGAAGGAAUACUCCAGGAGUUCUUACAGGAAAUCCUUCAGGAGUUUCCUCAAGGAAUCCUCCAGGAAUUCCUUCAGGGUAUCUUCCAGGAGUUUCUUUAAAUAAUCCUCUACGUGUUCCUUCUGGGUAUCAUCCAGGAGUGCCCUCUGGAAAUCCUCCAGGAGCUCCUACAGAGAAUCAUCAAGGAGCUUCUUCAGGGAUUCUUCCAAAAAUUCCUUCAGGCAAUCCUCCAGGAGUCCCAGAUAAACGGGAAUUCAUAACUGGAAAGUAUUUAUUUAUUCCGAACCGAUUACGACGAUCGCGGCCUGCGGCAAACAACUGCGUGUUUUCUUUUUCAGCGAUAGAGCUGAGAUGGCAGAUCAGAAGGAAUUUUCUGCCAGGAAUCGGUCAAGAAGUAUCUUGAGUGAUUCCUUUCGAACACGAAACUGGACUGAUGAGAGGAAAAGCAGGCGAAAACCAAACGUCAGCAACUUAGUCAGGUUUAAUACCAGCUGGGAAUACAUGGAAACAAUACGGAGGUGUCUCAACUAAGUACACUGUGGAAUUGUUGGAGGAAUCUCCAUAAGAAUUUCUGGAUAAAUCUUUUGAAGAAUUCCAGGAGACAUUUUUGGAAUUAUUUUUUGAAGAAUUCGCUUCAGCAAGUUCUUGUGGAUUCUUUGAAAGAAAACCAAGGGGAACUUCUGAAAAAAUUCCUUAAACAAUCUCUUAUCAAAUCUUAUUGGAAAUUGAAGAAUUCUGCAAGGAAUCUCUGGAGGAAUUUCUGGGUGAGGAUCCUUUUACUGAAAUCCUCGCAGAAUAUUACUGGAAGAAUCAUUGAAGAAAUCCUUGAAGGAAUUAUUCCUGGCAACGCCACCUUGCUCUUCGAAUCCUCAACUAAUUCAAAAAUCCAUAUUAUGUCUCCUGACAUCGUUAAAAAUCUCAGUUUUUUUUUCUAGUGCCCAAAAUCCGGAAGGAAUCCAUAGCAGAAUUAUGAAAGGCAUUCUUAACAGAAUUCUGCAGGGAAUCCCUUAAAGAAUUCCUGGACAAGUAUCUGGGAGAACUCCAGAGUUUAGGGGAGAAAAUUGCUGGAAAAAUACCGGUAAAUGUCCCUGGAAAAUCCCAAAAGGAAUCUAAUGCACAUCUCCUAGAAGAAUUCCCUGAGGGAUAUUUGGAAGAUUUUCAAAAAGAAACCUAAAAAAAAUCACGAUAAAUACUAAGAGAACUCCUUCUCAGGAUUCCGGGAACAAUACCUAGAAAAAAAAACCUCAACAAGUUCUUGGGACAUAUCCAACAGAUAUCCUAUUGAAAAUUUUGCAAGGAAUCGCAUCGAAAGUUUACGGAAGGAAUCUUUGGAAGAAUUCCAGUAUUGAUCCAAGCAAAAAUACCGGAAGGAUUCCUGGGAGAAUUUCUAUGAGGAUUCCGAGAGAAAUCAUAGGAAGAAUUGUAGGAGGACUCCAAGAAGAGUUGCUUGUCAAAGUUCUUAAAAUUAUUUAUGACUGAAUUCUGGGAGGAAUGUCUGUACUAUUCCGGGACGGAUAUCUAGAAGUCUUCCAAAAGAAAUCUCAGAAAGAUUUUCUGAAAUCCUUGAAAGAAUUCCGGAAGGAAUUAGUAUAAGUGUUCCGGGAGGAAUCUUUAAAAUUUCCGUGAGAAUUCUUUGAGAUAAUUCGGGAUUUCUAAGUAAAAUCCUUGGAAAAAUCACUAAGAAAAUUCUAGAAAAGGCAGAUAAUAAAUAGAAAUUUUCCGGGCGAAAUGCUUGGAAAAUUCCCGAAUAUAGUUGCAUAAAGAACCCCGGAAGGAAUUCCCGAAAAAAGAACCUUGAGAAAUUAUUGAAAAAGUACAGGAUAGAUUCUCUAGAAUGAAACCCGAAGGAAAUUUGUGGAAAAAUAUCGGGAGGAAUUAAAUGGAGAUUUCCAAAAAGAAUCCCUAGGAGAAUUCCAUGAGGAAUCCUUGGGAGAAUUCGCAAAAAAACCUCAGGAAUUUCCCGAAGGAAUAUCUAGAAAUUCUGGGAGAAAAUCCUUUAAUAAGCCCGGAAGGAAUACUUGGAGAUAUACACAGCUAGUCGCGUUCGGUAAUUUUUACCGAAAUCUCAACAGCUGAGCGUUCGGUAAUGGUUUUUUACCGAAAUCCUGUAAAAAUACCAAAUUUCGGUGAAAUGUUAUCGUUUAUCUGUCAAAUUUUAACGAAGUUCGGUGAACUUCACCGAACUUUUCCGGUAAAAAACUUAACGGUUGAGAUUUCGGUAAAAUAUUACCGAAGUCGGUGAUUUUUUCUAAGUGUGUACCUGGUUUGAAUCUUCGGAAUAAAGCCAAUAAGGAUUUCCUAGAAGAAUUCCGGAAGGUAUUCUUGAUUUUGUUAAAGAAUUCUGGAGUUUUUUUUAAGUAGAAAUUUCUAUAAGAAUUCAGGAAAAAAAUCUUCGAAAAGUCCGGAAGGAAUACCUGGAGAUUCUUGAAGGUUUCCUUGGAGUAAGUUAUGAAGAAAUCCGGAGUUUUUGGGAAGAAAUGUCUGGAUGAACACCGGAAGAAUCCUGCUAAGUUUUUCACGAAGAAUCCCUGAAAAACGUUCGAGACAAAUGCCUGAAUGGAUUCCGGGUGAAUGAAGAUUGUCGGAAGGAACAUCUGGAACGAUAACCGGGAGAAUUCCUGGAGGGAUACUUGGAAGAUUUCCGAGAGCAAGCUUUAAAAAAAUGCCAAGAAAAGGCUGAGAGGAAUUCAUUCAAGGAUUCCGGGAACAAUCCCUGAAAUAAUCCCGGAAAAAGUCCUUAGGAUAGUUCCGAAACGAAACCCAAGAAAAAUUUCAAGAUCAACCGCUUUAACCCUCUAAUACCCAAUCCCGCCUUUAGACGGGGUAUAAUUUGAGCAUUUUUGUAAUUUUUGUUUCGUGGAAAAUCAUUUUUUUUAUAUUUUUGGCUGAUAUUUAGGACUGUUCUGUAUAUCUCAAAAUGGUUUUUGGUGUAUUUUAAAGCGUAUUUACAUUUUUUAAAAAUCAUUGAAAAAUUGAUAUCUUAGUCACCUUUUAGAAGUCAUUGUUUAUUUUGUAUUGAAUCGCUACAAUUAACAUAUUUUAAAUUUUUCCCAAAUCAUUCUAUCCUUGUUUAAUAUGAUAAGGAAAUCUAAUACACUCUAAAAUUAUUUUCCUUAAAAUUACACGGAAAAUAAAAUUUUCUGUGAAAUAAAUUUAAAAUAAUAAUAAUAAUCAUUAAAUCUCAAAAUGUUUUCAUCUCAAAAAAUCCGUUCCCCAAAUUGGCUUCCAGGAAAAAUAUAAAAGUGUGGGGAAUCCCCACUGGGGAUGUUCAAAAAUAAAAAUUAGAAAAAUCAAAAACUGAAAUUCACGAAAUCGAGAAUUAAAAAGAAUCAUCUUCCAAAACAUGUUUAAAUCGAUUUUAGAUGACGAAAAAUGAUAUUUAGAUCAAAAUCAAAAAUUUGGGUAUUAGAGGGUUAAGAAUUCAGAAUGGAAAGCCUCAAAGAGUGCUUGGAAGAGUCCUGGGGUUGAUCGCGAGAAAAAUACUGGAAGAAUUCUGAAAGAACUUCUGGAAAGAACCCCGGAAGCAGCGCUUGGGGAAUUUGGGUUGAAAUUAAUGGAAGACCCUCGAGAGUAAUCUCUGGAACAAUGCUACUGAAAAAAAAACUUUAGGAGAAAAUCCUGGAAAAGGAAGAGAUUAUUCCUUGAAAAAGUUCUAGGAGAAGUUCUUUAAAUUUAAAUAAUUCCGGAAAAUGACCAUGACCUGGGAGAAUUUAGGAAAAAAAUCUUUGGAAAAAUGUCGUAAAGAUUUUUUUUUGAGGAAUUCCAAAAGCAUUGGCAUUACUGUUAUAAUUCCAGGGCAAGUUUCCAAACAAAUUCUGGAGGAAUCUUCAAAAAGAAUUCCGGGAUCAAUGCCUAAAAAAGUUAUAUGUAGAAAUGUAUGACUUUCUGCAAAAAAAAUGAAAUAAAUUGGAGAGAAAUAUCCUGGAAGAAUGCAGGGAGAAAUACUUGGAAGAUUUCCAAAGAUAGCCCUUAAAGCAGGGUUGAAAAUGUCACAAAAUUGUCAUUUCGUUAUUUGCGCAGUGCCAGUAGAAAAAAAUAUGUAUCGACGAUAUCGUUAUUUUAAUAUUUCUAACUAGCAUUACCAACAAACAUUUAUGUUUACGAGCAGAAAAUUUGCACUGGAAAUGAUAGAACUGGGAAAUGUCAAAACAUUUUUUCCUUGACAUUUCCGUGAUUUUUCACAACACUGCUUGGAAAAAUUUCGGAAGCAUUUCUUCUAAUAUUUUCUAAACAUUUCCUUGAAAUAUUUCUUAAGAAUUUUUUGCAGAAUGCUGGUAUUAAUCUUUGAAAGAAUGCUAAAGAGGACUCUUAGAUAAAUCCUGGAAAAAAUGUUGAACAAUUUUAAGAAGAAUGUUUAGAAUAGGGGGAAGGAUCUCUGGAAGAGUUCAAGGAAAAAAAUCCAGAUAUGGCGUAUUGGUUCCUUUACUAAGCAUAUGACUCCCAAUUUCAUUCUUCGAAAAACAAAGGAUUGAAGCGCUGUUUGGUUUGUUUCUUAUUUUUGUAUUAAGAGUGAGCACGCAUGAAAAUAAACAGAACGGAAUCAAUCGGUGCCGUGAUCGCUUGUUUUCGAAUAGGAUGAAUUUGAGAGCGUGAGAUUACUUAUGACACUGAUACUGAGGGUUUUUCCCUCAUACCCUGAAAAAAAGCGAGGAAAAUAAAAGCAAGAUUUUUUGAAAUUCCGGUUGAAGUCUCUAUGGAAAUUUCGAGAAGCAUCUCUAGAUGAAUUCUGGCAGAAUUUCUCGAAAGAAUUCCCAAUGAAUCAUUUCUAUGUGUAAAUCUGGGAGAAUUCCUAAAAAAUCGGGAAGCGUUUUUCAAUAUAAUUGUGAACAAAAUCCGGAAGAAGUACCCGAAGAAUUCGGGAAGAAAUACCUGAAAGGGCUUACUGGGCUAAUUACAAGAAAUGUUUAUAAAAAAUGCAAAGAGUAUGGCGAGAGGAACUCGUGGAAGAAUUCCGGGAAAAAUCAGUGAGAAAACUCUGGAAAAAUACAGUAAAGAAUUCCUUGGAAUAUAUUGCCCGACAGGAAAUUCAAGAAUUUCGGGAAAAAAUCCUAAAGAAUUCCGGAAGAAGUCCUUAGAAAAAAUCCGAGAACAAUCCUUGAACAUUUUCCGAGUAAGGAUUUCUUGAAAAAUUGUCAUGUGAUAGCCGUAAAAUAUCCUUCAAAGAACUCCGAGAUGACGUCUUGGAAAAGUUCUGGUAGAAAUCUCUGGAAGAACUUUCGAAGAACUCCAGGUGGAAGCCCUAUUAAAAUCUCUGGAAUGAUUCCCGGUCGAAUCUUUGAGAUUGUUAAAUGAACAUUCAAUGGGAGAAUUCAGUAAAAUGAUAAAUUCCAAGAUAAUUUAAGGUUUAAUCUUUACAAUAACUCCGGGAGAAAUUCUUGGAAGCAUUUCGGAAGAAAUCCCUGGAAGAAUUCCGAAAGAUAUCUCUGGAGAUCUUGGAAAAAAAAAUCCAAGAGCAAUUAUUGGAAAAACUCUAGAAGAAAUCUCUACAAGAAUACCGGGUAAAAUCUUUGAAAAACUUCCUGGAUAAAUCAGAAGAAGGUUUCUCCGGAAGGAAUUCCAAUGAAAAUUCUUUAAAUAUUUUGAAAAGAAUAUCUGGAAGCAUUCCGGAGGCAUUCUCUGGGAGAAUUUCAGAAAGAAUCCUUGGUGUUAUUUCCAGAAGGAGUCUCUAAGAUAUUAGGGAAAAAUCUGUAAGCGAUUCCGGGAAGAAUCCGUGAAAGAAAAUAAAUCCGGGAAGAUUCUUUAGAAUGAGGGGGUCGGAAUUAAAUUCUAGAAGAGCUUCGAGGAAGAUCCUUGGAAGGAUUCCGGUAAUAAUCUGUGGUAGAGUUUGGGAAAUGAAUCUCUGUUAAAAUUUCAAAAGGGUUUCCUAGAAAAAAUAUAGAAAGAAUCCUUGUGCGAGAAAACCUUGGAAGAACUCCGAAUAAAAUCUUUGAAAAAAUUUAGAGGGAAAUUUCUGAAAUAGAUCCGAGAGGUAUUCUUGCAAGACUCCGUGGAAGAAUUCCGGAAUGACUUUCCUGGAACAAUUCCUGGUUCAGUUCUGGGAUGAAUCUCUGAGAAAUUCUGAAAAAAAAUCCGGGAAUUCCAUGAAAAAAACCGUCAGGAACUACCUGAAGAAUUUCCGGGAGGAAUAUAUGAAGAAGUUCUGGAAAGAAUACGUGGAAGAGGGAAGGAAAUUGUUGAAAAAGUACCAGAAGGAAAGGUUGGAGAAAAUUUUGGAAUAAUUCCUUCCUGAAAGCGUCCCAGGAGCAAUCCUGGGGAGAAUUCCCUGGAAUAAUUUCGGGGAGUAUCAGUGAGAAAUUUUCAAGUGGAACCACGUGGAAGCCGAGUCAAUAAAAUAAAAAGAGAGAUUUCUGAAAAAAAAAAAUGCCCGAAACGUGUGUUCUUUGAAUUCCGGAAGAUGUCCGUAGAAGAAUUCCAAGAAGAAUCUUUGUAAGAAAUCCGGGAAGAAUCUUAGUUAAAGUUCCGGGGUAAAUCUUUGGAAGAAUCCUGAGAACAUUUUGAAGAAAUCUUUGGAAGAAUUCCUAAAUGACUUACCUUACCGGUCAGGCUAAGGCCGGGGUGGCCUCUGCUGUACAUAUUAGCCGCCUCCAUUCCACUCGGUCCAUGGCUGUUUGUCUCCAGUUCCGCACUCUGCGUAGGGUCCGCAGAUCGUCCUCCACUUGGUCGACCCACCUAGCUCGCUGCGCUCCACGUCUUCUUGUACCGGUCGGAUGACUCUCGAGAACCAUUUUAGUCGGGUUGCUAUCCGACAUCCUGAUGACGUGACCCGCCCACCGUAGCCUCCCGAUUUUCGCGGUAUGGACGAUGGUUGGUUCUCUUAGCAGCUGAUGCAGCUCGUGGUUCAUUCGCCUUCUCCAAGUCCCGUCUUCCAUCUGCACUCCGCCGUAGAUGGUACGCAACACCUUCCGUUCGAAAACUCCGCCGGUCCUCUGCACGUAGGGUCCAUGUUUCGUGCCCAUAGAGGACGACCGGUCUAAUCAGCGUUUUGUAGAUGGUUAACUUCGUGUUACGGCGAGCUUUGUUCGAUGGUAGAGUUCUGCGGAGUCCAAAGUAAGCACGAUUUCCUGCCACAAUGCGCCUUUGAAUUUCUCUGCUGGUGUCGUUGUCGGCGGUCACCAGUGAGCCCAAGUACACGAAUUCUUCAACCGCCUCGAUCAAGCUUGCUAUUUGAUGAAAACAUUCGCGAAAUGAUGCGAUUUGCUUUCGACAACGAAUACGUUUUCACCCAUCCUCGCUUUAUUCAAUCAACCUCCCAUACGAGUAGCACACGACCGGACUCAACACUGAUCAGCAUAGUUGACUCUUCCUUUUCGCCGUUGAGCCGUUGCGUUCUAGCCAAGCAUCUCUUUUCAUCGCUUUCGAUGCUUUUCGACAGCUUAUCGCGAAGCAUCGUUAGCUGGAAGCUUUAUUAGUAUGGUAUCGGUACAUGCGAAUGUUGCUUCUGUGUGCGUGUCGAGCGUUCGUGCCGUAGUUUCGCAAACCAACCUAUUCGGUAUGGUUCGGUUGUUCGGGCGAGCGUGUGGCGGCACAGUCAGAUGUGUGCAAAAUCGUUUGUGAUUUACAUCAUGUUCGUUUUGCCACCUCUUUGCUGCUGGUCAUCGCUGAUCAGUGCACAGUUCAAUCGCACGCGAUAAAUAUACAGUUGAUGAGUUGUGAUGAGCACUAGUGAGGUGAUAAUUUGCAUCAUUGGCCUCGAUUUCAUCACCGUCGAUAUGAAUUCGGGGUGGUGGGCGCGGUGAUUCCUCCCUGGAGCCCUUUGCCAUCAUGUACUUUGUCUUCGAUACAUUAAUGACUAAUCCGAUUCGCUUGGCUUCACUCUUUAGUCGGAUGUACGUUUCCGCCAUCGUCUCAAAUUUACGAGCAAUAAUAUCAAUAUCAUCGGCGAAACCAAGCAGCUGAACGGACUUCGUGAAAAUCGUCCCACUCGUGUUUAUCCCCGCUCUUCUUAUUACACCCUCCAAAGCAAUGUUGAACAGCAAGCACGAAAGACCAUCACCUUGCCGUAACCCUCUGCGAGAUUCGAAGGGACUCGAGAGUGUCCCUGAUACUCGAACUACGCACAUCACUCGAUCCAUCGUCGCCUUGAUCAACCGUAUCAGUUUAUCCGGGAAUCCGUAUUCGUGCAUAAUCUGCCAUAGCUGUUCUAAUUCCUAAAUGAAUAUCUGGAAUAAUUUCGGAGGGCAGGGAUGGGAACACUCACUUGCAAAGAGUUACACUCACUUGCUGUUUCUCAGCUCAGAAGCGUGCAAUCAAGAAACGAUGUAUGGACGACUUUUGCCUUAUGGUUUUGUCUAAAAGUUUGCCGAAUAGAGUAGAUGUCGCACACGCAUACCAAAGUCGUGACAGAGCGGUGAAAGCGACUCUCCACGAGGUGAGUGUAAUUUACAUUCACCUCGUGGAGAGUUGCCUUCGUAGCUCCCUCACGAUUUUGGCAUGCGUGUGCGACCCCUACUCUAUUCGGCAAACUUUUGGACAAAACCACAAGGCAAAAGUCGUCCAUACACCGUUUCUUGAUUGCACGCUUCUGAGCUGAGAAAACAGCAAGUGAGUGUAACUCUUUGCAAGUGAGAGUUCCCAUCCUUGCCGGAGGGGAACCUUGAAAGAAUUCUGGAACAAAUCACUGGAAGAACCACCUAAAAUAAUUACGGAAAGAAUCCCUGUAAGAGUUUUGGAAGAAAUAUCUGGGGGAGCUUUGCCAUGAAUCUGAGGAAAACACCCAAAACCCGGGAGGAAUCCUUGUAAUAAUCCUAGAUAUGUAAAUUCUUGAAAAAAAUACCAAGAUGUUGUUAAUUAGUUUAAAUUUUCACCUAUAUGGUUUCGCAUUAUGCGAUUUACACAGUGUAUUCUGUGUAUCCUCGCCUUUGGCGUUUUCCAAUCGAUACCGAUUUGGUUUUAUUGUUGUUGUUCUUUGUUGUGCUGUUGUUGCGAAGAGUUCAAUCUUACCUAGUUUGGGUAGUGGCUACGGUUAGGAUAGCUCAGAUCAAUCUUCAGCAUAAAAGAACAGCAACGAUCAAUCUUUGCAGACUUAUGCAAAAUGGUACAGCCCAAGUGGCCUUGGUACAAGAACCUUACUUUCGUAAGGGAAAUUUCUAUCUAGGAAACCUUGUGAACCCGGUGUUUGCCACUUUCAGUAAACAUGAAAUGGCAAACUCGCGUGUCAUGCCUCGAGCCUGUGUGCUUGUCAACAACGCAAUAGUUGCUACACUCAUCUCUGAACUAACCACCAGAGAUGUAUGUGCUAUCACAAUUGAUGUAUCUGUUGGAAACCUCAACAGGAAAUACGUCUAUUGUUCUGUGUAUUUACCGCAUGAUGAACCAUCCCCUACGGAUGCUUUCAAACAAGUCAUCGCAUACUGCACUUCAAAAGGCCUUCCGCUAAUUGUUGGCAGUGAUGCUAAUGCUCACCAUAACAUCUGGGGCAGCUCAGACAUUAACUUGAGAGGCUCCAGUUUGAUGGAAUACUUAAGUAGUACAGAUCUUGGAUUACUUAACAUAGGCAACCGCCCAACCUUCAAGGUAUCUGCUAGAGAGGAAGUAUUAGAUAUAACGCUUUGCUCUAGCAGAAUUAGUCACGAGCUGACCAAUUGGCAUGUGUCAGAUGAAGAAUCUUUAUCUGACCAUCGCUACAUCUUUUUUGAACAUUUAAAUGUUACUUCGCAAACAUUGCGUUUCAGGAAUCCUCGGUCAACAAACUGGGAUCUUUAUACUGAUUUUGUUGCAGCCAAAUUUCAUGGAUAUUCACCAUCCAUUGACACUCCAAGUGAUUUAGAUGAUGCCGUUGAUACUACAACGACCUUCAUCAUGGAAGCUUUUGAAGAAGCAUGCCCUCUACGGUGUGAAGAUCACAAGAGGAACCCCUUGGUGGAACUCUGAUCUGGCGAAACUCAGGAAACAAUGUAGAAAGAGUUGGAACAGACGACGUUCGGCUGGUUCGGAGGCUUUCAGGUCGGCUCGCAAGGCCUACAGGAAAGCUCUCCGGUCUGCUGAACGAUCCGGCUGGAAAAACCUUUGUACAAAUGUUUCCAGUUUGAGUGAAGUCAGUCGUCGGUUAAACAAAAUCCCUGCGAAAUCUAAGGAUUUCCGAGUGAACGAACUUCGUUUGCCAAAUGGCGAUCUGACUUUCUC